AUGUGGAAGUUACAUGUUGCAUCUUCCAUUGGCAUUAUUUUCUGCAAAGUACCUCACACCAUCAACUUCAACCUUACCCAUGUCUGUCUCAACAGUGCAAUGAAGAUCUACACCAAAUGCAAUGAGCUCACAGCCACAGCAAACUCCAUCAUUGAAAUCAUUGAUUGGCAAGUCCAUGGAACAAAGGACUUGGCUGACAAGCUGAGGUUUGCGGCUUGGAAGGAGGCUGUCAGAAGGGUAGUGGAAGUAGUGGAUUCCAUGCACAAAAUUAUGAGGAUGACACAUGAGAUCCCACUCACUGUCAUUGUGGCCAAAAGGUUCUGCAAAUGGCAUGAGAGGGUUGGACAGGAGAAUGAGGCUCUCCCAUUUCUGAAGUGGAGACUAAUCAUGCACCCAGACAAGGCCACCUUUGAUGACCAUCCAUGGCUGCAGAUGGUUGAAAGCUUCAAGAUGUCUGCCUUCCCACCUGCUGCAGAACCAUCAUUGGAAAUGCUACUGAAGGCUGUGAGUUGUAAAGGGAAAGAAAAGGCAUCAGAUGCUGAAGUGAAGGUGAUGAUUGGAGAUGACAAUGGGGAGGAUGAACUGGUGGAUGAGGAUGCAGAGAUGGGAGGGGAUACCAUUUGCUAUGAUGGACAGGCCCAUGUGCCCAUUUAUAUGAUGGAUGGGCCCAUGUUGGGCACCAAUAUUUAUGGGGAUUACUGUGAGAAAAUGGCCCAGAUGGACCAGGAGGAUGGUUUCAUGAGUUGGGGUAGAAGAGGGAGCCUUGAUGGUCCCAAUUCAUUGUUUGGCACUGUUUACCAUGUGAUAUACCAUAAAGCCAAGAUCAGUUUUUUGAGCCACUUCAACAUUGGGAAAAAUCAGCAUGGAAAAACUUGCAAUGCAGAAGCUGCUGAGAGAUGUGCAGAAGUGACUGAGCUGUCCAUUCUGGUGACUGACUCAAACACCAUCCACAUAUGGUAUUUGCUGGAUGCUCUCAGCCCAAAAAGAAGGGCCAACAUAUGGAACUGCCUUCAUCUUCUGAGGGAACCACUGCAGGAGAGCAUAAAGGCUUCCCCACAGGCAUGGCAGAUGGACAAGUCAUAUUUCUGCAAUAAUGCUGAGUUGAGAGGUGCCAUGAACCUGUCACCCACAUGGUUUCAACAGGGUCAUUGGCCCCAAAAUGGCUUCCUGGAAGCCUCAUGGCUGCUCAAAUCCGGGAUGGAAAACAUGUCUACAAGGGAAUGGGUUGACCAAAUGUCCAACAACAAUGCCCUGUUAUCUGCAAUCCUGCAUGUCAUCCAUCUGCAAAUGUAUGCAGAUGGCAGGGAAGCAUUGAUCUGCCUUGGCAAACAGGUGGAACAGUGGGUGGAUUUGGAUAUGAGCUCCAUACUGCCAAUAUGGAGCUCCACAUAUGGCCACAUGUCUGUGAUGCUGCACUACAACCCAGGGAUGAUCAUUGCAUUUUCAGGUUCAGCAUUGGAGCAUGGGGUGGGAGCUGUAGAUGGUGACAGAGCAUGCCUGGCAUACUACAUGCAUGCCAAUACCAGUUGCAACUGGAGAACUGUUGAUUUGAAGCUGCAAAAUUUAAUGUUAGAUUUAGAUAUGCUGGCUCUUGAACUUCAGAUAGGUGGUGUUGCCAAGAUUUUGCAAAUGAGUGGGUGCUUUGACAUCAUAGAUUGGGUGGGUACUCAGAGCUAA